CUCAGUUUAUUUCAAGUCUUUCUGUGACAGUUGACAAUUAUAAAGACUGUGUUGUUGACACAUUGUGAAUUUUCACAACUUCAUGUGAGUAGUGUGAAGCACUCACAUGGAAUGCCAUAGUGAAUUAUUCAAACUGAUUCAUGUGACUAAUAUAGCUUCUACACAAUUUCACUUUAUUUAAUUUAUGAAUCUUCAAUCCUACUGUUAACACUCAUAAGUCUUCAUGAUAUCUUUUGAGUGAUGGAAGAUGAUUUGAACCCCCUUUGUCUUAUUUCCUUAAGGAAGGAGGAAGAAAACUAGUGUGGCAGAAGACAUGUUGUCAUCCACUUCAUAAUUAUCAUCUCAGCUUUCCAAUUUUUUCUCGCUUGCAUCAUUAUUAGUCAUUAUGAUCCGACAUCUGUCAUAAGUAGUAAGAAAAUGCACGGUAAAAGAUGGUGGAAGGAAAACAAUGCACACUAUUGCUCCCUGAACAGAUGGAAUGAUGAUCUCCUCAUCAUAGACCAAGGAGAAGAAGAAAACAUACACAGCACAGCCAGGUCUAAAGUGCCACUACAGAGGUCCUCCCAGAAUGGUCUACCAAGAUCUGCCUCACUACCACUCAACAAUGGUACACAGAAGAGGGCCCCUCCUCCUAGACCUCCCCCACCCAAAAAAAAUCCAUCACAUGACAUCCAGUGCCUACCCACAGUGGUGAAUCAUGGGAAAUGUGCAACAUCAAACUUUCUGACUUAUUUUAAGUCUCACCAGCAACCUGACCACUCAAGCUCUUCAAAAAGUGGGGUGGGAAGCAUCAUUGGUAAACUCCGUGGUCCACCAUCAUCCCGCUCAAGACAGUCACUCACUCACAGUACCACAUCAGCACCUUGCACUCCAGUGACUGAGGCAUCACUGAUAGACUUGUCUUCCCCACCUGGCUCACCUACUACACGAUCUGGCAGUGAUGGUCUCAGUGUUAACAGUUUUGGCAGUGAAUCGUCAACUGGCAACCAGAGUUCAGGAUUUGAUGAUAGCUUUGAUCCUUUUGGCUCUAUCCAGGAGAAUAAUAUUUAUGCAGUACCUAAAAAAGUAGGGGUAUCUUCAUUUUACUCAAACAUGUCUGCUCCUACAUUUUCUGCCUCUCAAAAUAUAUUUGCUCUUGAGGAAAACCAAGAUCCUUUUGAUACAUUAGCAAGCAGAGCAAGUAAAUAUAAUAUUCAAAAUCAACAACUUCAGAAUACCUCAGCACCUCUGAGCACUUCACAGCUAUCCAGAUCACUUAAUCAGAUUAAAUCUGAUACUCAAAUCAGUUCUUCAAAACCAGAAAAUAAAAGUAAUUUUAAGCCCACUAUAAUACGUCCUAAAGCUCCAGUUUCCAGUGUUCAGGUUGAAAGAGCAGGUGAUAAUGUUGUAAGCUCUCAAAUAGGUGAACUGGAAACAAUAAACUGGAGUGCUGCACUUAAAGGAAACACUGCUAAACAACCUGGCACAAGGGAUAAUAGUACCUCACACAUAAUGGAUCAAACUAUCCCUGAAGAGCCUCCACCACUCCCUCCACGGCCAGAAACAGAACAGGAGGAUCAUGACAGACCACAUGGCAUUGCAGAUUUUGACUUCAUUGGAACACAGCCAGAUGAUCUGUCAUUAAAGACAGGUGAUGUGGUCCAGCUCCUCUACCGGAUCAGUGAUGAGUGGCUCUUUGGACGUUGUGGACCCAAAGAAGGCAUGUUUCCACAAAACUUCAUCAAGAUUGUGGUGCCUCUUGCUGGUGAGCAAACACAAUCUAGUCACUCUGCCCCGACUGGCACAUUAGGCUCAACUAAAUCUAAGUCUUCCCAUCAAUCUGCUGCACCUGAAACAAAUCCUCCUGUCAUCCACACAGCUACAGUCAUGUAUACUUUCCUGGCAGAGGCUCCAGAGGAUCUGACAGUACAUGAAGGGAACUUAGUUCAAGUGACGGGUUGCCUAAAUGAUCAAUGGUUAUAUGGACAGUGCAAUGGAAAAUGGGGCCAGUUCCCAGCAAAUUUUGUGGACUGGAUACCUCCAAAUCUUCCUCAGGUAUGACCUCAGUAUGCAUAGGCUGGUUACAAAUUGAAUAGAUGUACUGUGCUCAGGUAAAAUAAUGCCCUGAGAUUCCACAUAGUAUGUUCACCCUGAAAUUCAGUGAUAGUGUGUGUGCAUGUGUUUUUGUGUGUGUGUGGGUGUGUAUGUGUGCAUGUUCGUGUACAAAGAAGUAUUGAUGCCAACUAAAGAGAACUUAUCAGGACUUGUUACGGAUGCAUACCAAUAUUUGAAUGAUUGAAUACAAAUAUAUGGUCAAUUUUUAUUCCAUCACUGGAAGAAAUUGUCACUUUUCCAAUAACACUUAUUUAUAAUUCUUGAAUAUACACCAGAGCCCUGCAAUUGUGAACUCAGCAUGUGCAACCUUCAGCUGUGGAUGAAUUAUUAAAAUUAAUGAACAUUGCUUUGACAAAAUAAGUAGAGGUUUUUCUGUUUGAAUUACUGUCAUAACAGUCACCUACUUGACCAUUAUUUCUUAAGGUGUGACCUUUAGAGAGAGAGAGAGAGAGAGAGAGAGAGAGAGAGAGAGAGAGAGAGAGAGAGAGAGAGAGAGAGAGAGAGAGAGAGAGAGAGAAACUUGGCAUAUAAGGAAAAGCAAAUAUGUUGGAUGUACUGACAGUGCCAAGUAGUGUAGGAGAAAUUUGAAAUGCUGUCUACAGGUCUCCUUGCAUGUGCUAAAAACAAUGUGGAUAGUGGCUCCAGCCUUUUGUGAUUAGUAGAAAGAAAAUGCAGAGAGCAAAAAUCAGUCCACACCUAUACUGCUAGCCUGGCACCAAAACAUCAUAGCAUCAGGACCUGUAUCCUCCUGCCCUUGCCAUCUGCUGUCUCAGGUUCUGCCUUAAUAAGAAACAAAGAGGUCUUCAUUGGCAGAGGAGCAGUCAUCAUCUACCAAAUCAUUACCAACUCAUUCCUCAUCACUUCAUUUUUCACUCAUAUCUUUAGCAUUCACAGUCAUCUAUUAUACAAAAGAAAGAAACAAGGAGAGGAAGCAUUGUAGAAAAAUAGGACAGCAUACUUUGUGACCCUCUGGGCCAACAUUGAGUCUAUCAGUCUAUUGCACAUGUACUUUUCUUACUGUAAUAUUUUGUUGUAAUCUUUAUUGUAUAUUUACAUUUGCAUUCCAUAUGGUGCAUGGACUAUUCUGGUUCUUCAGCCAUACACAAGGUGUCACUGAAGGGUUCUGAAUGCAGGGACUCCAGUAUAUCAACUUUAGUAUUUCUUUCUAUGUUCAGUAGGAAGAAUACAAGAUACUUUUAAAAAAUAUGGUGAACUUCAAUAUAAUAUAAAAGUCACAAAUCUUGUUUCUGGUCACCUUUCAAUGAGUUCCCUAGGGCAUUUAUAUAGUGAUCCAAGCGAGUUAUCCCUGGACCCAUAUGAUCCUGAAAUGUUAUUGUAUAGAGCUCCAGCUUGGAUUUCAUUCAUGUCAAAAUCAUGCCCUUUCAUUUUAGGAAUCAAUAUAUAAAAAUAAUGAUAAUAAAGUAAAGUGAUAAAUAAAGGAGGAUGAAGACACUUUUAUGUUAUUACAAGUCACAAACUACAAGUCAUGGAGAAAUCCAACUUUGUUCUUCCUCUUGUUUGAACGUUUUAAGUCUUACGAGCAUAUUGAAGCAAUGGGUCUCAUCUUCAAAAUAUCUUGAUAAAAUUUAUUUUGUGCUCAUCAUCAACAGCAGUUCAUAAUUUCUAAUUCUGUCAACAGAUGUUAAUUAAUUCUUCAAACAUCUGUAUCAUUAAGUCUUACUUUGGCUCACUGCAUCAUCAGGUGCUCCCUUAAUUGUUUCCUUUCUUUUUCUACAGCUAGUAAUUUACUAUUUCAGCUUAUUAGGGGACAUUCCAAACUUUUGAAAUAUAACAUUAGAAAUGUUUGUAAUCAAAGAAUAUAGCCUAUAAAAAAAUUGCCCGUUGGCACACUUGUUUAAAAUAUUGGCAAAAAUCUGUACUACAUUUGCCUUCCAGAAAAAAAAUCAAAUUGCCAUAAUUCUUGGAUAGCAUCUAGUAUUUUCCUUACACAGUUCAUAAAUACUUACAGUAUACAAAUCAAUUCAUUUGCAUUUUUCCUUUCCUUUGUUAAUAAAUAUGUAAUAGGCCUGUAUCAUACAUUAAUGUCAUUGAUACUGAAGUAAUUGUACAUUCUAUAAACGGAUGUAGUAUUUCAAAAAUACUCCUAGUCUAUAUUUCAUCUGUAAAUCUCCCAAUCUUAGUGGAAGAUUAGCAGAGAUAAAAAAAAAUGUAUAUUUAACUGAUAGAUUAGAACCCUCUUGGAUUAAAGUAUAAGCAUACACUUACUGUAUAGUCUGCACCUAAUUAUGUUGAAAUGGCUGUACAAGACAAAUCUUUUUAUCUGGGGCAUUAAAUGAUAGGAGCUAAACUGCCAUCACAACUUAAAAUUAAUUACUGCCACAUUUCACUUGUGACAUUUGUACAAAAAUCAUUAUGGAAAUAACUAAUGAUUACAAAAUAGAAUCACAAAUGUGAUUGUUUGGGCUUUGAAGUGACACUAGCAGUAGCUCAUGUUUAAUUGUUGUGGCAUUUGUGCUACUCUGAUUUAAUGCCUCACAAAUUUAAGGGAUAGCAAGUGGAUGAAAGUUAGUGAGAAAGAAAAGUUUUGACAGUUAGAUUGUCUUCAUUGUGUUACCUUUCCUAAAUCCAUAUUAAUAAUGUUCCUUGUAUUUGAAAAAUUAAGAAGCAAUGAUUUCCUUUUAUUUAUUUAUUUAUUUUAUUUUUUUAUUUUUUUAUUUAUUUUUUUUUCAUUUAUUUAUUUUAUUUUUUUUCAGUGAUAUGUAUGAUGACUUUGUUAUGAUAUUAGGUAGUUAUGGAAUAUGUAAAAGUGAACAAAAAUUGUGCCAAGACUGUACCAAAGAUUAACUUCAUUAUGUGGUAAGACAAUAAGAAGACCUAGGUCCCAUUCUUCAACCAUUGGUCAGAUCACAGAGAAGAGGAACAAAAUACAAACUGCAUAUUGCCAUCUAGCCAUCUCAAGAGCAAGUAACAGGAUCAUCAUUUACCAUGAAGGCAGUUUUUUCCAAGUCUACCAAUAGCAUGCAUUUACCUAGUUGUAUUUUUUAAAAAUUGUAGUAUACAAUUUGAUCUAAGCUCGUGUUAUACUGCCUCAAUAUCUGCUCUUGAAAUUCUACGGUUUUUGCUUACACAACCUACAUCACGUUCAGAUUAUCAGUGCUUCUGUUUGAGAGGCUAAAUCUUAAAGCAUGAUUUGAACAUCUUGUUCUUUUAUUUUUCAACACAAGGAUCUCUGUCCAUUUCUUUCAGUGCUUUCAUGUUAUCAGAUCAAUCCUUUCUCUAUUUUUAUACAAAAAUUCUGGCAAUUUCAGUUCAUUCUCUCCUAUAAUAGCUACCAUGGAAUUGGCAGCAUUUUAUAAAGAAUAUAUAUAUAUAUAUAUAUAUAUAUAUAUAUAUAUAUAUAUAUAUAUAUAUAUAUAUAUAUAUAUAUAUAUACUGAAACCUCGGUUACUGAACACCUCCCUUUUCAAACAAAUCAGUUUUCAAACAAAAUUUUGAACUCAUAAUUGCUUCAGAUGCCAAAUCAUAAUUCAAUUCUCAAAGAUACUUGAUUUCAAAAAAAAAAAAAAAAACAGCAAAAACUGCCAUUUAUUACUAAUUUAUAGUUUUUAUAAAUAUUUCCUUCAUUUUUGUGUAUUUGGAGGAAAGACACGGUGGGUAAGACAGUAAAUCAGUUUUUGAAAUAAGUUAAAUGUGAUUCCAUUGAAGAGCCUCAAUAUAAACAAACAGUUUUCAGCACUAAGGAGUAAUCCCGAGCCACCUGUGGCUUUCUCGAUGACACACAACUUUUCCACAUUUUCCAAAUAGUUUUUUUUCAGCAGCAAGAUGUCUAAAUAUCAUUUUGGCGGUAAUUGGGUUGCUCCUCUGUGUCACUCUGUAAUGCUUUCCUCACUUGAUCAGUAACAAAGAGAAUGCUUGCAUGGUCUAAACAAUAUCUAAUGAGUUUUGUGUUACUAAGUUCAUUCAGUACAUCUUUCUGGAUAAAUAAUUUUUAAGCUCGAGAUUUUGUGGAGUGGCCAUCUUAGCUGUAGGAGCAUCUGUCAUGAGCCAGUAAGACAGGGUGGAUGGAUGUCUGGGAAUGGAUUAAUCCAUUUUACAUGGAUUCCUAUGGGAAAAAUAACUUGUUUCCGAAUAUCUUGGAUUUCAAGCAGCAUUCAGGAACAAAUUAAGUUCGAGGACUGAGGUUCCACUGUGUGUGUGUGUGUGUGUGUGUGUGUGUGUGUGUGUGUGUGUGUGUGUGUGUGUGUGUGUGUGUGUACAGUGGAACCUCAGUUACUAAAUGUCUCCCUUUUCGAACAACUCAGUUUUCUAACAAAAUUUUUAACUCAUAAUUGCUUUGGUUACUAUACCAUAAUUUGUUUUUUGAACAAAGUUACUUGGUUUCAGAUACUGUAAGACAGCAAAAGCUGCCAUUUAUUACUAAUUCAUAGUUUCUGUAAAUAUUUCCUUCAUUUUUGUAUAUUUGGAAGAAAGAGACAGAGGGUAAAACAGUAAUUCAAUCUUUGAAAUAGAUUAAAUGUGAUCCCAUUGAAGAAAUUAUAUAAACAAACAAGUUUGGCACUCAGGAGUAAUCCGGAGCAUUCUGUGGCUCUUUCUAUAACUCACAAUGCCACCAUUACUGCACAACUGCAUUUUCUCAGUAGCUUUUCCCAGCGGGAAGAUGUCAUUUUGGCGGAGAGUGAGUUGCCCCUCUGUGUCACUCUGUAAAGUUUCCCUCACUUGAUUGGUGACAAAGAGAAUGCCUGCAUGGUCUAAACAAUAUCUUUUGAUGAGUUCAUUCAAUACUUGUUUCUGGCUAAAAAAUUUCCAAGCUGAAGAUGUUGUGGAGUGGCCAUUUUAGUAGUGGGAGCAUUGGUCACCAUUACCUGCUAAGACAUGGUGGAUGGGAGUCUGAGAACAGAUUAAUCUAUUUUACACUGAUUCUUAUGGGGAAAAUUGUUUCAGUUUUUGAACAUUUUGGAUUUUGAACAGCAUUCUGGAAGAAAUUAAGUUCAAAAACUGAGGUUCCACUGUGUAUAUAUAUAUAUAUAUAUAUAUAUAUAUAUAUAUAUAUAUAUAUAUAUAUAUAUAUAUAUAUAUAUAUAUGAUCAGUCUUACUUACAUUGUUAAGCCUCAGCAUUUCUUCUCCCAUCUAGUCAUAAAAAUUUAUGUCCCUCCAAUAACCAUGUUUAUAUAUUUCUCUGGUAAUAGAUUUUCCUUUGUUAUUGCAACAACUUACAAGAUAGAUUAUCCUUAUCUACUCUCCAUACAAAGAUGGUGAUAGCACAAAAUAAAAUGUGAGGAUGAAGUGUUUGUUGGUUGAGAAGCAUCAUAAAAGCUGAUAAAAAAUUAUCAUCUUUGCAUUUGGUAAGAUCUAGAAUCUAGAAGUAAAAAAAUAAUAAUGAUAAACAACUAACAAGCUUCUCUGGGUUAUAAACAACUUGAGAAUGUGUCACAUUAUUGUCUAUGAUACACAAAGAUUUUUUUUUUUUUUUUUUUUUUUUUUUUAAGAUCCAGAUCUUAUUAAAAGGAAAUGGUUGAUUGGCAACUAUCACUAUCACUAAAAAGUUGAACACCUACUUUCUUACAUUUAAUUUUUCACCAUCAUCAGUCUCGUAUGAAGCAUGGAUAUGGGUGAUCUACUCCCUUGCAAGCUGUAGUAUACGCACCAUUGCUACAUAAACAAAACCAUAUCUCAUAUUAUAAUGCUCAAUUUUGACAAAAAAUGCACGUACUAAGUAAAAUGUGAUGCAAUGCCACCCACACAACAAAUACUGAUCAUCUACACUUAUACUCAAAGCAAAAGCCCAUCUUUUGAUGAGCUGUCUGACAAAGAAAUUGAAAUAUACUUAGCCAGGGACAUUUAAGAACAUUAUCUUAAAACAGGGGAAAAUGGUCCAGCACAUCACAGCAUGAACCUUGUUGGCUUCACUGUAUAGUAAAGUCACUUUUGGCAAUUAAAUGGUGUCUGAGAAAGCUCACCAAAUGCAAUAACUAAACUAAGAGAAAAGUAUUUGAUACCAGAUCCUUCAUAGUUGAUCUUUUGUCUUAUUAGAUGACUUAAAACUGAAUUUUUUUGUAUUAUGUGAUAUCAAGAGAUAGAAAUAAAGAUGAUCCAAUAAAAA